CUGUUGCUCCUCUUCUUGUCUCAGCGCGCGCAGGAUCGCCUCAGUUCUUCUCUCAUGGAUCAGCGCUGCGCUUCUGACUUCAGACUGGAGUAACUUUCUUCUUCUUCUUCUUCAUCAUCAUCAUCAUCUGUGACAGUCUCACCGAUGGAGGACAGAACACAAGAAGUGAAAGAUUCUCCGUUCUCCAUCAAGAACCUGCUGAACAAACCCGACAAACCCAGAGUUCACAUGAAUCUCCCGGAUCUCAGCUUCCUGCGGCUCGCCCCCUGGAGCUGCGCGAGCGGACACCCGAACACACCCGCGGCAGCGGGUCGAACCAGAGAAGCGGAGGACCCGGAUCCUAAAGAGGAGGAUGAGGAGCUUCUUCUGGAGGACUCGGACUCAGACGAGCAGAAGAAACUCUGUCGCAAGAAGAAGACCAGGACCGUGUUUUCCCGCGCGCAGGUGUUCCAGCUGGAGUCCACCUUCGACCUGAAGCGCUACCUGAGCAGCUCGGAGCGCGCGGGGCUCGCGGCGGCGCUGCACCUGACCGAGACACAGGUCAAGAUCUGGUUCCAGAACCGCAGGAACAAGUGGAAGAGACAGAUCGCCGCCGAGCUCGAGGCCGCGAACCUCAGUCACGCGCAGAGGAUCGUGCGCGUGCCCAUCCUGUACCACGAGCACGCGGAGAGCGCGCGCGCCCGCGGGUCUGACCUUCACGCGCGCACUUUAUUACCCGCAUUCGCUGAUCAGACCCGUGUGAGGCUCGAACCUGGUGCCGCGGCGCAGCGGUACGAGAGACUCAACCGGAACUAA